AUGGCGCCACCGCAGUCUGCCGGGGACUCUAGUGCGGCUCCGUCGAACAUGUUCCAAUGUGGCAUCUGCGCCCGAAGCUAUUCCCGGGCGGACCACCUGACCCGCCACAUCCGCUCACAUACCCAACACAAACCUUACACUUGUCAGCACUGCGGCAAGUCCUUUGGGCGUAUCGAUUUACUGCGCAGACACGUGGCUGCCCAUGAUCCUGAAAAUGCUCUGGGCAAAGGUGGCCGUGGCGGACGCAUUGCAAGGGGCCAGCAUUUGGAGAGAAGAGUCUCUCAGGCCUGUCGAAACUGCUCACAGAAUCAUUUGAGGUGCUCGGAUACCAAACCAUGCAGCCGAUGCGUCAAAGAUGGUCUCGAAUGUGUCUGGCCGCAACAGCAUAAUCAGCCGAAACAGCAAUUGCCAUUGGAGCAAGGCAACUUGCAGGCAGAGGACGGGGAUGGUGAUGAAGACGGUGAUUUGCAAGAGGAAGAAGAUGUAGCAUCAUCCACAGCGGAAGCCGAUGCUGGACGCGGUUCGCUUCUGGCAGAAGUUACCCCGACAGACAACACUAGCUGCGGUUCAGGUUCAGUAAACCCGACUGCCCCGCAUUUGAUGGCAAUGGACUCCGGGUUCUCCAGACCUCCGGCGCCGGACUCCAUCCCCGCUGUUGACGUCGGUUACUCAAGACCGCCGCCUCAUAAUACAAUGACUUCAUUACUGCAACCAAAUAUUACUGACCACAUGGAACCGAUGCCGCACAUUGCUGUUGCUCCUCCUGAAGGUGGACUAGACGCCUUUCAAGUAUUUAGCCACCAUCAUCAUGAUUCUAUCAUGACUGACUUCCCUCACUCGCCAAGACGUCUACCAGCAUACGCCUUUCUCAAUGCCGACUUUGAUCUUAACGAAGUCGAUCUCGGCUUCCUCGAAUCCUACAAUACGAACAUUCCUUUUAAUCUCUACUUUCAACAGGAGAGCCCCAACACUAUCACCAGCCCGGCAACAACUAGACAGGAAACAGUGGGGUCGGUGCAGGGCGUCACCAUCAAUGAGUCUUCGGCCCCUGCACCUUUGCCAAGCCGGAGCCAGCGCUCAAGGUGGCGUUUCGUGCCCAACAAGAAUGACCAUGGCGGCAACGAAGAACAGAACCUUUCCCUGCCUACCGAGGAUCUGGCAGCUUCGCCCGAGUCUCGAAUACAUUUCCAACAAGGGAUGGCCACUUCUGAGCCAUUGAGAACGAGUACGAGGGACAAGUUAUUAUGCAUGAUUGUGGAGAACUGCCGUCCCGACAAUCGCGUCAAGGCAGUUUCGUCCUUCCCAUCAACCGAGCUCCUCAACGUUCUAAUUCAGUUUUAUUUGACAUCAACAAUAUCGCAGCCAGAGUCCUUCAUACACCUGGCUUCCUUCAAUCCCAAUACCGCGCGGCCUGAGUUGGUGGCAGGCAUAAUAGCUCAUGGUGCCGUUAUGACACUUGACCCGACAUUUGUCAAACUGGGAUUUGCGAUCCAGGAGUGCGUGAGAGUGGCUAUUCCCAGAAAGUGGGAAUCCGACAACCGUGUAACCCGAGACCUGGAACUAGCCCAGGCAUUCUUAAUCAACCUUCGCAUCAGCUUAUGGUCCGGCGACUCACGGAAAAUGGAGAUUGCCGAAUCGUUCCUGCAGCCGCUUCUUACCAUCCUGCGUCGGGCCGGAAACCUCCAGCGUUCCCGCUACCCACCCUUGAACCUACAGGUCCUUCAAACGACGGAAAACUUGGAUGGUGAAUGGAGACGUUGGGUAGAAUUGGAAUCAUGGAAGCGCCUUGUCUUUCAAUUAUGGCUGCAUGACGCCGACAACAGCAUCGCACUCCUUGUUCCACCGCUUUUGUCGUAUGCCGAGUUCCACGCGCCACUGCCUGACCACCCGAGUACAUGGCGCGCCGGUAGUGCCGAGGAGUGGCGGCGAGCUCAGCUGCAUCAGCUCGUGGGAAGUGACUCAAUAAAUCGCAACGACCAGUCACAGCAGUUUGUAGUAAAGCCAAGCAUAGUGGACUAUCUAGCUGACUUCAACACCGUCGACUCGAUUGUCUCGAUACGUGUGUCUGUUGACCAGCGUCUUGCUAAGCUUGCAUUCCUGGCUGGUACUUGGCGGCUCAGCUGGGAGUAUAACCAACUGAAGGCUUUACAACGGCCGAGCUUCAGCGCAAUUAGCCACUCCCUGCCCCCUGCCGGCCAGACGCACCUACGCACCGGCUUCUUCAUGACGUCCCGCUAUGACGAACUUCACAACAUGCUGGACCGCUUCGCCCUCGGCCAAGACCAUUAUUCUACGCCCGACGUUACCCUCCGGCUUGAAGUCGUCCGCCUAAGCCUGGACGUGCCACUGGCGGACGUUCAGUUCUUUGCGGGCCUCGACGGGCCCGAGGAGGCGCGCCGCGUGCAUCCGGCCCUGCGCCUCUGGGUCUCCACCCCUUCGGCACGGCGGGCGGUCGCGCACGCGGGCCAGGUCGUCCGGGCGGCGAGGCGGGUCAGCAAGAGCGACAUGUCUGGGCUGAGCGCAACGGCGCUGUACCACUCGGCGCAGGUCCUGCUGGUCUACGGGGCGCUGCUGCGCGAGGCCGGUGUCGACACGCCCAGGGAUUCGACACCGGUGUUUCUCGACGGCGAGGACCGCGAGGCUAUUGAGCGCUUUGUGCACCUCGACCGUGGGUCCCCUGCGGUGCGGUUGUAUGAUGAUGGUACUUCUGCCCAACAGCCAUCGUCGAAUUAUAGAGAUGGUGUUCAGGACAAGCAAAACGACCAGCAACAGACUAUGACUGCCCUACUGUCCGAUUCUCCGAUGGUCUUGGAGGCCGUCACCCAGGUUCUCAAGUCCAAGUAUGAAGAUGGACGAAGACCUGUUCUGAUCGACAGCAUCAUCCAGCUUUUGACAGACCUUGGAGGAAAUGGGUCUGGAGUAUAG